AUGCAGGACUCAGUCAAUUAAUAUAUAUACGGGAAUUUUUCACCAUUGAUAAAAUUUUUUUUACUACUUGUCUACAACUUGUUAUCAUUAUCUCAAGUAGUUAGUUAGUAGUUAAGUCAGUCAAUAGUUAAAAUGACAUCAGCUAAGGAAACAUUUUUAUUCACUUCCGAAUCUGUCGGAGAAGGUCAUCCAGAUAAGAUUUGUGAUCAAGUAUCUGAUGCUAUUUUAGAUGCUUGUUUAGCCGUUGAUCCAUUAUCAAAAGUUGCUUGUGAAACUGCUGCUAAAACUGGUAUGAUUAUGGUUUUCGGUGAAAUUACUACUAAAGCUCAAAUUGAUUUCCAAAAAGUUGUUAGAGAUACUAUUAAACAUAUUGGUUAUGAUGAUUCUGAAAAAGGUUUUGAUUAUAAGACUUGUAAUGUUUUAGUUGCUAUUGAACAACAAUCUCCAGAUAUUGCUCAAGGUUUACAUUAUGAAAAGGCUUUAGAAGAUUUAGGAGCUGGUGAUCAAGGUAUUAUGUUUGGUUAUGCUACUGAUGAAACUGAUGAAAAAUUACCUUUAACUAUUUUAUUAGCUCAUAAAUUAAAUGCUGCUUUAGCUUCUGCUAGAAGAUCUGGUGCUUUACCAUGGUUAAGACCUGAUACUAAAACUCAAGUUACUGUUGAAUAUGAAAAGGAUGGUGGAGCUGUUAUUCCAAAGAGAGUUGAUACCAUUGUUAUUUCAACUCAACAUGCUGAUAGUAUUACCACUGAAGAUUUAAGAUCAGAAAUUAUUAAACAUAUUAUUCAAAGUGUUAUUCCAGAACAUUUAUUAGAUGAAAGAACCAUUUACCACAUUCAACCAUCUGGUAGAUUUGUUAUUGGUGGUCCACAAGGUGAUGCUGGUUUAACUGGUAGAAAGAUUAUUGUUGAUACUUAUGGUGGAUGGGGUGCUCAUGGUGGUGGUGCUUUCUCUGGUAAAGAUUUCUCUAAAGUUGAUAGAUCUGCUGCUUAUGCUGCUAGAUGGGUUGCUAAAUCUUUAGUUAAUGCUGGUUUAGCUAGAAGAGCUUUAGUUCAAUUUUCUUAUGCCAUUGGUGUUGCUGAACCAUUAUCUAUCUAUGUUGAUACUUAUGGUACUUCAAGUUAUUCUUCUGAUGAAUUGGUUGCUAUCAUUAAGAAGAACUUUGAUUUAAGACCAGGUGUUAUUGUUAAAGAAUUAGACUUGGCUAGACCAAUCUAUUUCAAGACUGCUUCUUAUGGUCAUUUCACUAACCAAGAAAACCCAUGGGAACAACCAAAGAAAUUAAAGUUUUAAUUAAAUUAAAACUUGUCUAACAACUACUAAAUUUUUAUACUAUUUUGUUUUAUUGAUUGUUUCAUUAAAAUCCAUAAUACUUAAUGACUAAUGUAAUGAAUGACUCAUAUGAAGAUCAUCAAUCUCAUAAAAGAUUCAAUGCUCAACUCGUUGUUUCUUACUAAAAUUAACUACAACUACCACUAGAAGUUGAUUGCUUUUG